AUGGGAAAGUCAUUGAUUCUGUACAUAGGGGUUCAGCAGAGCUCGAUGGGUUGUGUUUUGGGGCAGCACGAUGACACAGGGCGAAAGGAAAGAGCCAUUUACUAUUUGAGUAAGAAAUUCAACGAUUACGAGUCGAAGUACUCAUUCCUAGAGAAAACUUAUUGCGCAUUGGCCUGGACGGUAAAUCGACUCAAGCACUACAUGUUGGAUCAUAAGACAUGGCUUAUUUCCAGGAUGGACCUAAUCAAGUAUGUAUUUCAAAAUCCAUUCGUGCCAGGGAGGAUAGCAAAAUGGCAGAUCAUACACUCUCAUUAUGACAUUGUCUACAUGACCAAGAAGGCAGUGAAAGAAAGCAUGAUUGCUGAUCUCCUAGUGGAAAACCCUAUCCAGGAUUAUGAAGCCCUAGAUUUUGAAUUCCCCGAUGAGUAUGUUAAUGAAGUCGACAACGAUGACAAAGAACCAACUGACAUAUGGGAAAUGUAUUUCGACGGAGCGAUCAAAUUGUCCGGUAAUGGGAUUGGAGCAGUUUUGGCAUCCCCAGAUAGAAAACACUUCCCAAUAGCUAUCAAGCUGAGGUUCGACUGCACCAAUAACAUUGCAGAGUAUGAAGCCUAUAUGAUGGGUUUACAGGCUGCCAUCGAGAUGAAGAUCAAGAAGUUAGAGAUGAGUUCGAGACAAUAUCGGGUCUCCAGACCAUCCAAUCUAGCCUACCAAUGUUUGCCAAUCUUUCUGUGUACAAAUAUCGCAGAGCUUCACUUGACUAAUGUCGUGGUUGGGCUUCUCGCAUGA